AUGAGCACCUCACCUCCUCCCACUCCGACAUCAAGGUCCGCAACAGAUGACGAGCGUAGAUUCAAAACCAUUACAUUACCGUGUGAGUUGGUGGAGGACUACCGCCCAGGUGGUUAUCAUCCUGUCGUUCUCGGCGGCGCCUUCAAAAAUGGCCGCUACAAGGUCAUUCGAAAGCUCGGCGAGGGCUCCUACUCGACCGUUUGGCUUGCUCAUGACCUGCACAAGAAUGGACAUGUCGCCCUAAAGAUUCUGGUGUCGCAAAUCUCUGAAUCGACAAGCGAGCUACGAAUCUUACGCCACAUCGACCAAGUUGCACCCGCACAAGGGGCUCGGUAUAUCAUACGACUGCUAGACGAGUUCGAACACCACGGCCCCAAUGGAGUCCACAAAUGUCUGGUAAUCGAGCCCAUGGGCCCGAGUGUGAAUACCAUGGCCGAGGAGCUGCCGCAGUUCAAACCUCGCAUGCAAGGAAUGAAAAUUCGCUAUCCUCUUCCAAUGACAAAGAGAAUCCUCAAGCAGUCAUUGCAGGCACUUACAUUUCUCCACGAAAAUGGUAUCGCCCAUGGAGAUUUUCAACCAGGAAAUAUACUCUUCACUCUGAACGAUAUCGACUCGACCCCCGAGGACGUUCUUCGGCAGGAAGAAGGCGUGCAAGCUCGGUCGAUCUCGCCCCCGCCUCUGCUGCCUUUUACCUGCUCCACCGAAGGGUUCAAGGUUAAAUUGUCAGAUAUGGGUGGCGCAUAUUUCUUUACCGACCCGCCGGAAAAGCUCGUUACUCCACUUGGUCUUCGAGCUCCCGAGUUGAUUCUAACCGGAGCCAUCGACAAUACUAUUGAUGUCUGGAGUUUUGGCUGCCUGGUCUUUGAGCUUAUCACCGGCCAGCCACUCUUCUGCACCUCAUCUCUAUACUUUACGCCCGAGCGGAAGCUCUUUAACUGUCAGCUUGGGGGAGUUCCCACGGGGCAGGAACCGCUCAUGUUGGAGCAGGAGUCCAUGGAAGAGCUAUUUGACCUGGCAGGCCCCGAUCUUGAUGAGGAGGAAGCCAACAAAGUGAAGGCGCUCAUUCGAUGGAUUUUGCAAUAUGAUCCGGCAAAGAGACCUUCACCUGCGAAAAUAUUGAGCGAUCCUUGGUUUUGCGAGAUCGACGUGGGGAGUGAUCCGUCCGAGGUAUCUAUUGUCUAG